AUGAGCCAAUCAUUCCUAAAGGUUGGUGAUGAUCAUAUUCAUGAUCAACAUGAAUAUCCUAUUGAUUAUGCAGACGAUGAUGAAGAUUUCGAGUUAUGUGAUCAUGAUUCUCUAUAUAAUAUCGAAUUUGAAAUAGGCGAGAAUAGUAAUCUAAAUGGAGAAAACGAAAACGAGUUCAUUGAUGAUGAGACAGAUGAUACUAUAGCCAAUGAUAAUAUGGAUUUACAGAAAGACCAUGUCAAACCUAAAAUCAACUCAACAGUUGAUUCAUAUGGUGCGACAUUAUCAAUGUAUAAAAAUUAUGCAUCGGAAGUAGGUUUUGAUGUCAGUCUUGGAACAACGAAAUUCGACAUUAUCACACAACGACAUUUGCUAUGCAAUCGGGAAGAUGAACCAAGAACCGCUAAAGUGGAUACUCUAGAGCCUCAACAUAAUAAGAUUCCAAGAAUUAAGACUCAUUUAGGUGCGAAUGCAAAACAAAAAUUGUUUUUAUUCUACUACGUGGAGAUAUUUAUUCACAACCUGUCUAAGCAAAAUAUUGGUGCCUCAAGAGCACAUAGAUUGUAUACCAGACUUCAAGGUGGGUCUUACGUUCGAUGUGGUUUGGUUUCCGAUUUCAAGAACAAUGAUUGUCCAGCGCUUGAGAUGCCCUUAAGAGAAUCAUUCUACAACCAGAUUAUAGGUGUGGAGUCAACUAAUGAUGUGUCUGACAUUGAGAAUCCAUUUGAUAUUCUUAAUAAGGGAACUGACGGUCGUGGUAAAAGAUUAAAAUCUAAAAAAGAAAUGUUGGAAAAAGAAAGUUUGAAGCCUAAGCAAAAGUGUGCUUCAUGUAAACAGAUGGCUUCGCAUAACAAAUGA